AUGGACGGCCCCGGAUAUACCUCUGCGUCGUCUGCGUCUGCUCAUACCGCAACUUCACAUCGUCGCAAACUUAUUAAGAAACCUCCCUCCUACUUUGGUCGCUCCUCAUCUGGCUUCGAUGGUGGUGCCUUCGACGCCCAGUCCCUCGAGAGCAAACGCAGUUCCCAGAGCCUGAAGAGGGCCCCAAGCGCUCCCCCAGCCCGCUCCAACCCCGCGACCGUGUCCGACUGGCAAGAUUCUGAUCGAUCUCAUCCUCAAUUAUCCGCCAACAACACCCUAAGACCUGUCCCAUCGCCCAUCUCACCUCAGGGCGAUUUUACCCCCGCUAAUCAUUGGGCGCCUAUUCUUCGUCACUCCGACCGUCUUUCCGAUUCUCAUUUACGCCCACUCGAUAGCCCUGCUAUUCACGACGACUUGAUCGGCGCUCCUUUCGACGGCGCUGGUCUUUUAAGCAGUAUUGAAUCAAUAAAGAUUCCCAGUCCGAAAGCCCCUACCCGUCAUCGCUCCCCGCCUCAGAUCGUAAAAGCGCCUGUAGAAGUCAACGUUGCGAGCCCUGUCUUACGAACCGCAAACAGCUUCUCCGCGAUGGACUCGACUUUGACUGAGAAAGGCCUCGGCUCAAGGGUGCCAACGGAUGGCCCCUCUGUCAACCCCAAAAGAUAUUCUGACGAUGGAAGAGACUCCAAGCCUGCUGUUCUACGUAAAAAGUCUGGAUUUUCUGGGUUCAUGAACAGUUUGGUAGGAUCGCCCAAGAAGCCAGUUAUCUCUGCGCCUGAAAAUCCCGUCCACGUUACCCAUGUUGGCUACGAUAGUUCCACUGGCCAGUUUACAGGCUUGCCGAAAGAAUGGCAGCGACUUAUCAACGAAAGUGGAAUUCCUGAAAAGGAACGACGAGAGAACCCGCAAACUAUGGUUGAUAUUUUACAGUUCUACAAAGAAACCACUGAGAGACCUCCAGAGGACCAAGUCCUAGAGAAAUUCCAUCAUGCUGGUCAGUAUGCCACCUCUCCGGCAGGCGCAGCAUCACCGGGCAUGUACCCGUCAAACUAUAUGGGUAUGUCACCAACCAAUAUUUCACCUACGAACGCCAGGUUUCCAACUGUCAAUAAUGAAGGAAGUUUUGAGAAUCCCCGAGCACCACCUCCUGUGCCCCGAGGCCAGGUUGGUAAAGACUUGAUGCCCAGCCGCCCAGCCCCGAAGCCACCCGUCAGUAUGGGCAACCGACAUAUGCCUCACGGCGCAUACGCAACUAAAGACUCCGGCAUCGGUAUGUCUCAGUCAGGCGACGAGUCCUACGGCGUGUCCAAGGACGCCGGCCCCAUGCUCCCCGAAGAGCACCGUUCGAGAUCCAACUCCCGCGUGGCUGGACCAACCUACGCCCCUACUGCUCCCCAACCCAACCCACAACUCGCUCAGGCGCAAGCCGCCGCCUACCAGCAACAAUUGUUGCAACAGCAGCAAGAACAGGCCAUGGCUCAGGCCCAGGCCGCCAUGUCUGGAGGAAUUAGCCGUGCUCCUAGUAAGCGAACUCCUAAUCACCACCAGAGUCCAAACGUACAGGCAGCUCCUGGGUAUGGUCAGCAGAACGGCAUGCACAGUGCUUCCCGCCAGCAAGCGCCUGGAGCAGCCGUACCCGGAGCCAGGCCACGACACCGAGCCCGUCAAAGCGCAGGCCUCGAUAUUAUCGCCUCCCUUAAGCGUAUUUGCAGUGAAGGUGAUCCUCGAGAUAUCUACCGCGGGUUUAACAAGAUUGGCCAAGGUGCUUCUGGAGGCGUUUUCACUGGUCAUGAGCGUGGCACGAACCGCCUGGUAGCUAUCAAGCAGAUGAACCUCGAGCAGCAACCUAAGAAGGACCUGAUUAUCAACGAGAUUCUUGUGAUGAAGGAUAGCUCACACCCCAAUAUUGUCAACUUUAUCGACAGCUACUUGUGCGGCGGCGAGCUUUGGGUAGUCAUGGAGUUUAUGGAGGGAGGCAGCCUUACGGAUGUUGUCACCUUCAACAUCAUGUCCGAGGGUCAGAUUGCUUCAGUGUGUCGUGAGACACUUUUGGGUCUGCAGCACCUGCACUCCAAGGGUGUCAUCCACCGAGACAUCAAGUCUGACAACAUUCUGCUGUCUAUGGAGGGCAAGAUCAAACUGAUAGCCGAUUUCGGAUUCUGUGCCACUAUCAACGAGGCCCAGAACAAGCGAACGACCAUGGUCGGAACACCAUACUGGAUGGCUCCCGAAGUUGUCACACGAAAAGAGUACGGACGCAAAGUUGAUAUUUGGUCUUUGGGUAUCAUGGCGAUCGAAAUGAUAGAAGGCGAGCCGCCAUACCUGACCGAAUCUCCUCUGCGUGCUCUUUGGUUGAUUGCGACCAACGGCACUCCUCACAUUAAGAAUGAGCAGGACCUGUCGCCCGUUUUCAAGGACUUCCUCUACUUUGCCCUCAAGGUGGACCCCGAGAAGCGAGCCAGUGCUCAUGAUCUGCUAAGGCACGAAUUCAUGAAGGGCUGCGUUGAUCUUAUCCAACUCUCCCCCUUGGUACGAGCUGCUCGAGAACAAAGGGCGCAAGAAAAGGCUCGCAAGGGGCACAGGUCUUGCAUAUUGAAGUUGAAAGUUGUCACCAUGCCUCGCAAAGGGCUGGGUGGCUCGGAUUAUGUUAUGCGCAUGGAGUCGCCAAAGUUCGACACAUGGCAAGAAGAGAAAAAAACAGAAAAAAGGUGCCAGCAGGCGGACACCAUGAUGAUGCCUGGCAGCACAUAG